CUUGAAGAUCUACGCCCAGAAACUGAAACAGACCGUCUCUUCCAGGUCCUAGAAGAGAACAGAGGGUAGCGUCUUUUUGGUUCUUCGUUGCUUUUUUUAGAUCGUCUUAGAAAAGUUAGAUACUUGGGCCAGAUUCUGUAUUAUUUUGUGUAUUUAUUCGCUUUUACCCUUUAUCUUUCACUUGAGGAAGACGAAGAAAAGAGGAGAAGCCGGCCCUUGCAAGUGCAAAUAUGGCCUCCGUCUCUGUUUUUACUCGAGACGAGAAAGAAGAAGAAGAAGAAGAAGUAGGUAGCGGUUUGAUAGAUCGGAUUAGUAGCUUACCCGAGGGAAUCAUUUUGAGCAUUCUGUCCCUAUUGACCCACAAGGAAGCUGUGAAGACUUCUUUACUUUCCUGCAGAUGGGUAUAUUUUUGGAUGUCAGCUCUAACGGUGCUGGAUUUUGAUUCCCCCAAAGUGUCGCCGGCGAGAAGAACAGAGUUCAAACAAUGGGCGAGUAGGGUUGUGAGGCAGCUGAACAAUGCCACCACCUCAACCAAGUUUAGGGUUUCGUUCACAUUGAGCAAUCAGUACAGUUUCGAUGGGGAUAAAGACCAAUGGCUGAAAUUCACGAUAUCAAACAGGUUCGAGUAUCUUAAGCUGUGCUCGAGCAAUCCUACACCAGCUUCUACCCGUGAGGGCAAGAGUUGUGGUUAUGCUUUCCCGGAGGAUUGUUUCAAUAACAUCGUUACACCAUCUGGGUUGUCCGAUGUCAAGUCCCUCAGAUCGUUGCGUCUGAGUUGUGUUGAGGUCGAGGCUCGGACAAUUGAACACUUCAUCUCUGAGUGCCCCUAUCUCGAAGAAUUAGCCGUGCACAGGUCGGAUUCACUAAGGGAGCUAAAGAUUGCUGCUGCUGAUAUGGGUUCAUCUUCAUCACUUGCGUUGAAGCGCUUGGAAGUAGUAAGAUGCAGAUGUCUAAUCUCACUGGAGAUUUAUAAUGUCUCGUGCCUCACCCACUUUACAUAUCGAGGUCAUUGGACAAUCGGGCUUCGUUUAAAGGAUUGUGUUAGCCUUGUGGAUGUGAACAUAGGCUUUGAUGGUUCUUGCAUUAAAACUUUAGUAUUUGACCUCGUCUCCUGCUAUGCUGCUCAGCUGACUGCCCUUGCCGUGUUAAUCAGCCCGGUUUUCACCCGGUUUUCGAAAGUGGCAGAAUUCGUUCGCCUUAAGCUGUUGACAGUAGAAGCAUAUCCAACUUUUGUCGUUCAUGUCCCUGGUUUGGAUACUUUGAUAAAUGCUUGUCCAAAUUUGCAUACAUUGCGAGUGAAGAUAAAUGCCUGCCAACCCCGGGUUAUGACUAAAGCAAUGCAAGAACGAGACAACAUUAAAGGUCGUCAUGAGAGCAUAAAAGUGGUGGAGAUUAUCGGUUUUACUUGCCCAAAUUGAUCCGGUCCAGUUCGGUCUUUUUGGAAAUAUAAUAACCAAAGAUUGGAUUGGAUACAAUUCAGUCUUGAUCCGGAUCCGGUCCCAAUUCGGUUUUGAUUUUACAUUGUGAGCUUGUGGGGAUUUGAGUGGCCUAAGGCAUGAAAGGGUGAGGAGUUGGUUAAGUUUUGUACUAAGUGCAAAGGUUUGUGACCGUUAAUUUAGCUAUUCAACUAAUGUUUGUUUUGUAUGUCCCAAGGUAGGGGUGGUUAUACGGUUUGGUUAAAUUGGCCCAAAUUGAUCCGGUCCAGUUCGGUCUUUUUGAAAAUAUAAUAACCAAAGAUUGGAUUGGAUACAAUCCAGUCUUGAUUCGGAUCCGGUCCCAAUUCGGUUUUGAUUUUAUAUUGAGCUUGUCGGGAUUUGAG